AUGAAAGGUGUUCUAAGGGUUGGUAGGAAGGCAAAGCUAAGUCCACAUUGUAUUGGGCCAUUUGAGGUUUUGGAGCGAAUUGUCCAUGUGGCUUACAGGUUAGCGUUGCAACCGUCUCUUUCUAUAGUUUGUAAUGUCUUUCAUUUCUCGAUGUUGAGAAAGUAUGUGACAGAUUCAUCUCUUGUGGUAGAUUUCGAGCCCUUACAGUUGAAUAACAACUUACGUUACGAAGAGAAGCCUAUACAAAUUCUUGCAAGAGAAGUGAAAGUUUUACACAACAGGGAUAUAGCACUAAUAAAGAUGUUAUGGCAAAAUCACCAAUUCGAGGAGGCAACAUGGGAACAAGAGGAUGAGAUGAGAACAUAG